AUGGAAGGUCUGGCCUUCGCUCCACGAAAAGCGUCUCUCGAAACCGAGCAUGCCUGGUAUGGCUCUUACAGAUGGCCUGCGCAACAAUACCAUCACUACGAGAAGCUCAAGAGGCUCGAAGAUCUGGUAGAUAACAAUUCCUCCGUCCUCAACCAGACGUUCGGUUAUCUGCAACAUACUCACGAAAUAGGACUUUCGAUAGACAGUGGUCACGGCUGGCUAGAAGGUCCUGAUAUGUCCGACCUGGCACUCUUCAAGCUCCGUCAGACCAAGGGAACCAAGGUAUUCGGACAGGCCUUCGAGAACGAGCACGCUUGGCAAGCAUAUGGCCGAGAUGAGUACUUCAAAUGGGCACAGCAUAAUACGAUAAACAAGCUCUUGACAUACCUAGCGUCCAAGCCUGGCACAACAGACUCGGUAAAGAUGCUGGAUGUGAUCUCGGCUUUUCAUGUCCGUGAGAGGGGAUCGUUUAUGGACGCACAACGCCAGCCAGACUACAAUCCAGAUUGCCAUACUGGAGGUAGAGCGCCUCCUGCAAAUACUGCUCCUGGUGGAGCCCCGCCGGGACCUGGCCAAGGUCCUCCCGGGCCGCAAAUGAUGCCAUUCCCAGGCGCGCCCCAAAUGAAUCAGCAGCAGCUACAAGCUCUUGGACCAUGGAACCCUCAGCUAAACCUUCAGCAGCAACUGCUUGCACACGCGAAUCAGCAGCUGCAAGCUCAGCCUCCAGCACCAAAUCAACAGAACGUCUGGAUAAACCCGCAGUUACAAAAUUUGGGAAUGCCAAAUAUGAAUUUCCCGCCAGGGGGGCCUCUGCCACCCCAAAACCAAGCACUUCCGCCACCGCAAGUUAUGGGCACCGCGCCCUGCUACACCGGCUACGAAGUCCAGAAGACGUAUCAUCUACUGCAAUGGCCUCUGAUUUUCAAUGGGCACAAUCUAGCUGCUGAGACGGGUGGGUGCCUCAAGUCGGUGCAAGCUUGCGUUGCAAAUCCUACAGAAUUUCCCAUUCUUCCUGGCUGCUUGACCGAACAGCAAGUCCAGUGGCUCAUGGAGACAGUCUGGGCCCAGAGGACCUUCUUGUCUGCCUACACCAACGCCAUUAUCAAUAACGCCGCCAGGCUACGACACGUCCACACGCUGACCAUCGCUAAACUCUCGUCCGGCCUGCUCCCAUCACUCGAUCAGCCCAAGUUCUGGGAUUCGUUGCCCUCCCUGCGACGACUGACGCUCCUCGUGGCACCAGACUGGAGGAAGGAGCAUCAGCACCAAAAUGUCUACGUCCAGAGAGCAUCGCUGAUCUCGCCGGUAGAUGCCGUGGAGAAGUUCGCAGAGUUCCUGCAAAAGAACGUCUGUCGGCUAGAGAAGCUUUUCCGAGCUACUUUUGGUUGGGCUGGCGGCGGAGAGCAUGCUAUCGGCAUCUGUGCGCGCAACCAACACCUAAUGCCGGCGCCAAUCAUCCGCAAUGUCGAUGCAUGGAUUUCCGACCACGAUGCGUCCCUAAAGGGUGAUCCCGGAGAAAUGCUCAAGUUCGAGCAUCUGUGCGAUUUGACAUUCGAGAACUGCUGGUUCAGUCCAUAUAUGCUGGAGACGUUCAUGAGAAAGAGCCAUGAUACCAGCCUCCGGACCUUGACGCUCAACUCAGUCAGCAUGCUCGUCCGUCACAGCACAGCGCCACAGAUGACGGCAAGCAUGACGACGAUCGGCCAUCGUCUAGCCUGUGCACACGACGAGGAGAAUUGGCUGCAGGAAGUCCUCCCGCCGUCAGCGACCUGGACAGAAGUCCUCGAUCGAAUAACACCAGGGAAGACUUUAGAGGAGCUCAAAUACGACGCCAACCUCAUCGACCGUGAAGAACACCCAAUGCCCGCCCGGGCAUACCGCGGCCGACUGCAGCGAAUAGUGCUCAACAGCUGCGGCUACGCUUAUGUGAACGUACCCGUCGAGAGGUUCCAUCAGCGAGAUCUCGUCUGGCAGCCUCAGGGAUCUACAGAUCCAGGACUUUCUGCCCGGGAGGCCGCCCUGAGAGGUCGCUACCAGGUACUGAACGAUACCCCGAAAUUGAGUAAGAUUAUCGCUAGGUACGGGAUCGCUGAGGCUCAUUACAAUAAGAACGAUAGAACAGUUGAUUUGGGUCCUGUAAUGUUGGGAUACCGCUGGGGCACGCCCGAGAGCAAUACUGCUACUGCUACGAAUUAUCGCGGUCUUGGCACGUUGACGCAGUGCGUUCACCCCAUUGAGAAACGCGUCCUGGAGCACGCCUGGGGUAUGCGCUUUGGAUGGGGUGAUGACCUCGAGCGCUGGGCUGCUGUGGAGGAUAAUCAAUUGGAGGGUGGUACGGGUCGGUUCAGUGGUGUCAUCCUGGCGAGGGGGCUAGAGGAUGAUGAUGAUGAGUAG